ACUCGACCGCCGCGGCAGUCUGUAAUUAUCCUAGUGAAACAACUUAUAUUGCACGGAUUUUUAGCAUUUACAUGUAUUUGUAAAAAUACAGUGGACUUUAUUUUUUAAAGCAAAACAAUGAAGUAACCAGCGAUGUGGAUCCGGCUGGCGUGUAUAAGUUUAUACACAAAAUACAUAAAUGCGAGCCUUAACAACGCACCCGGAAGUAAUUUUAAAUAGUGAAGAAAAAUCAUGUAGAAAAUGAUAUUUUAAGUGGUUAGAUGGGGAAAUAUGUAACGUGUAAUAUAAAACAGAUGUAGAUUUUUCAAAUACAACAAAUCUAUAAAAAAAAAUAAGAAAAUGAAUACAACAGCGAUGGAAACUUCUAUAGAUUCGGAAUCAAGUCCAGAGUAUAUGUUUAUAGGUCGGGAUCACGAUUUCGCUGUGUUAAAUGAGAAGUGGUCUUCGUGUAGGAUAUUUGGAACAUUUGGUUUACGUGCAGUAGGCAAAUCAAGAUUCGUGAGAGAGUUUAUCAGACGGAAACAUAUUGAUGUGUUACCUGUUCAUCUAGACACGGUGAACGAUGUCCGUUCUCUUUAUUCUGUCCUAUGUGCUUCACUUAAUACAGAACCUGAGAUUCAAACUGUAUCAUCAAUAAGAUGGAUGAAACAUGUAACGGACGAGCUCAAAAAGAAUUCAAAUGACAGACAAUUAGCUGUUUUCUUUGACAACGCUGAGGAUACCAUUGAAAGUUCAUUUAAGGACAAUCUUUUGUCAUUGAUUGUUGCUGUAGCCAAACAAUGCCCUCGAGUGAAGAUCUUUGUAACUUCUACUACAAGAAUUCAGUUUAGUCAACUUAGCAAGGUUUAUUGCUUACAUGAAUUAAAACCAAUGAGGUACACGGAAUCUAGACUUAUGUUACAUACUAUUGCCCCUGAUAUUGACCUUGGUACAUGUGAAGAUGUUAUAAUAGACCUUAGUGAAGGACUUCCUCUGUUGAUAUUAAUGAUUGGUGCAGAGCUGAAAAUUAAUUUGAUAUCUCCAGAACAAAUGGUUGACCUUUUGUUGCUCAGCAGACUCGAAACCCUCAGCAAGGAACACUAUCCGGUUGAAGAUAGAGUAGCUGAUGUUUACAGAAACUUUAUUCAGCGUUUAUCGACUGUAUAUCAGCAGUACUUGUCCAGUCUUAACUAUAUCCCUGGGUCGUUUAAUGCAGAGGAAGCCAGUGGACUUUUAGAUUUUGGAAGUGUAGCAAUAGCAAAGCAACAAGGAUUAAAGCCAAUACUGGUCAGACACGUGAUCAACUAUGACACGUCAUCCCAGCGUUUCAACAUUCAGGGAAUACUUCGAGAGGUGAUCAAUGCAAACUUUGUUAUCAAAGAUUUGCCAGCUAUAAGGAUGAGAUAUUGUAAAGUGUUCACUAAAGUUAUGAAAGAUAUCGCCAAGAAAAUGCCUACAGAUGAAUAUACACGAGCACUGUCAACAUUUGUUGAUGAACAACCCAACUUACGGAAACUUCUAUAUGAAGUCAACAAUAUCAUGCAAGAAACGUCUACAUACCCAUUCUUUAUCGAAAUGGCGUCAUCUUGUACUGAGCUCAUCGAAAUAUUUAUGCCAAGUGAAAGUGAGCAAUUUUACAAUGGCUGCCUAAGAUUAGCGGAUAGAUAUGGAAAGGACGUUGACAAGGCUGUCGUAUUGAUAGCUGUUGGAACCAUGGAAACUUACACAAAGGGCGACCUUCACACCGGUAUAAUGAAGUACAAAUCGGCGUUAGAUAUCAUCGAAGAUAAAGGAGACCGUAUCCAACUAGCCACCCUCUAUCAGAAAAUGGGAUGGAAUUUAUUCAAACAAGGCGAUUGCAUGGAAGCCAUAAGGCUGUAUAAAAAGUCGUUGGGUAUAUCGUCAACUGCUGGAAAGGACUUUGAACCAUUGACAUUACAAUCUCUUAGUUACUUAGGGGUUGUGCACGUAGUUCUUGGUAACUUUGAUCUUGGUGAAAAAUACCACUCAACUUGCUUGCGACGAAGCGAAGCGCUCCAGGGGAAAAUUCACCCUAAUGUAGGUAAUGCUUUAAACCGGAUGGGAUUGCUUUAUGACCAACGGGGCGACUCGAAAACAGGACUGGAGUUCUUCAAGCAAGGUCUUGAAGUAAAGAGAAAAUCAAAAGCUGCGCCUAUAUCUGUUGUAUAUUCAUUAAGCAAUGUCGCCAAUGGUUACAAAGAUAUGGGUAUGUUCAAGGAAGCUCAUAAGCUUGUUGAUGAAGCCUUUGCUAUUCUGCAAAAUCAGAAAAUGAACAUGCUUGAUGGAUUUUCUCUUCUGUAUAAUACUAGAGGUAAAAUAUAUGCAAGGGAAGGAAAAUUUAAGGAAGCAUCUGAGGCGUAUGGCAAAACUGUGGAAAUAACCAGGCAAGUAGAACAGACCAGUUAUAUUUACAUGAAAAGAUUGGUUAAUUUGGCGGAAGUCCUAGAAAAGAGGUGUAAAUUUGCCUCUGCAUUAAAACUUACAAAAGAAGCAAUAGGAUUAAAAGAUGAAGUUAUAAAGGCACUUCCACACAACUCCAUUGUAACCGAAUGUUUACAAUGUAUGUCUCGAAUAUACGACCUUACUGGACAACUUGAAAAUUAUAAAGAAACUUUGUACAAAAUAGAUAAAGAAUGUAAUAGACUUGCUAAAGAGUGUACACUACUAAACAAUCAGCAAAAGCUAGACCAAGUUAAUGAGACCAUUCAAGACUUACAGAUGAAGUUUAAGAAUCUGAAGUGUAGAGAAAAAAAGUGAUUUACUGAUCAGUUGGCCAUCUUGUGAGUGUAAUAUCUGAUAAUAGUUGUAAUACACAAGGAGAAGCAUGAUGUAAAGGAUCACAUUAUUUUGCACACCAACUAUCCAAAUUCUAGGGGUUUUGAUAUAUAGAGGUCAUGACAAAAAUUAUCCAAAGGGCAUGAUUUAAAUAACGUAUGUAGAGGUCCGCUAGGACAUGCUACACUUAAACGUUUGUUUGUAUGUAUCACCAAAGCGGUUAGUUCAGAGUUGCAUUGCAAAUAACCGUUUAUAAACGGCCAUAAAGUUCCAAACUUUCUUAAUUGGAGAAAAAAUCAAAUAACUUCAUAAAUUUUGACAUAAGCCAUGUAUAGUUAGUUUAUAAAAACGUCACGAUUAUCUAAUAAAUAGCGACAUUACAAAUGUGCAUUAAUAUUAUUUCCAGGACCAAACUAAGGACCCGAUAAUCGGUUUCAUAUAU